AUGGAUAAGACGCCGGCGCCCAUCUUUCGCAAGAGGCAGGCGGCCGCGCCUCCGUCCUCGUCUGCCAUUCCGUCGUCGUCUCCGGCCUUUGGCACGCCCGCCCACCCGCUGAAGCCGUUCAACGUCAACGCGCCCAAGGCCGCCAUUCUCCCCAUCAUACUCCCACCGCCGACGCUGCGCCCGCUAGCCUUCCGCACCUUUACGAAGAAGCAUUCCCUGACACUCACGUCGUCGGCCCUGCAGGAGCUGGCCACCUUCAUCGGACGGCACUGCGGCUCGGGAUGGCGCGAGGAGGGCCUGGCCGAGCGGGUGCUCGAGGAGGUUGCGCGCAGCUGGAAGGGCCGCAACGGCGGCGUCAUCAUCGAGGGUACCAGCAAGGAGCUGCAAGACAUACUCAAGACGCUCGAGGGCAACAUGAGCGGGGGCAAGAUCAUCGGGCCGUCGCGGAGCGGUGGCGCCGGGGGCGCGGCCGGCCGCCUGUCCAGGGCCGACAGCAUGCUGUCCGACGCAGGGUCCAGCGACAUGCUCAACACCAGGCUCGGCCUGCGCCCGGCCGCCAUCCAGAGGGAGGACAGCGGCACCAGCUUCGGAAUGUCUGGUCUCGGAGUGCAUGAGGCGGCCGAUAUCGAUGACGAGACAGUCACGGAUCCGCGAGCCUGGAUCAAGGUCAUUGACGCCUUUGAGCAGCCUAGGCUCAUGUAUAAUGUCGAGAAGAAACACUUCGAGAGGGAAUCAUCCAAACCGACACUGCUACCCACAGCCUCACAUAAGACAGCAGCGUUCCGGAACCGCUAUCACGUCAUCCACCAACGCCUUCUCCGCAACGAAGCCUUCCAGCCAUCGUCCAUAUCGUCGACGCGCAGGAGCGCGCUUCAGCGCUCCUCCAUCUCGAACCAGCAGUCCCUCAAGAUCACCCCCAUCGCCAACCUACUGGGCCGCCACGGGAGCAAUCACAUGCUGCUAGGGCAGCUGGUGAUACUGCCGACAGGCAACCUAGCCAUCAGCGACCUGACAGGCACCAUUGCUCUGGAUCUGGACCAGGCCGUCACCGUGCCCGAGGACUCGGCGUGGUUCUGCCCGGGAAUGAUCGUCCUGGUAGACGGCGUAUACGAGGAGGAGGACGAGUCGGUAGGCAAGGGGCUGGGCGGUGGCCACGGCGUAGGAGGCACGCUGGGCGGACGUUUCCAGGGCUUCUUCAUCGGACAGCCGCCUUGCGAGAAGCGCAGGGUCACGCUAGGCAUGAGCGACGCGGACGGCGGCCAGGGCAGCACCAUCGGCGGUGGGUUCGGGUGGAUCGACUUCCUGGGCGUGGGCAGCGAGCGCGCCGUGGGCGCCAAGAUGCGCAGGCUCGAGAAGCGCCUGCUGCGGAGCGCGGAUGACCCCUUUGCCAGCACGGGGAGCAGUACGGCUCCCACCCCUGGCUCCAACCGCGUCGUCCUCGUCGGCGAGCUCAACCUCGACCAGCCUCGGGCCCUGCAGGCCCUCCACAAGAUCCUAUCGCUGUACGCGUCCGAGGCGGAUGACGCCGUCGGCAGGCUGUCGCCACUGACGUUUGUCCUCACCGGCAGCUUCACCGAGCACGCCGUCAUGGCCCGCGGCGGCAGCGGCGGCAGCAUAGAGUACAAGGAGUACUUCGACGCCCUGGCGUCGACCCUCUCCGAGUUCCCGCGGCUCCUGCAGUCGUCCACCUUCGUCUUCGUCCCCGGCGACAACGACGGCUGGGUCUCGUCCUUUACGGCCGGCGCCUCGACGCCCCUCCCGCGCAAGGGCGUCCCCAACAUGUUCACCUCCCGCAUCCGCCGGGCCUUCGCCUCGGCCAACGCCGAGGUGCCGCAGCGGCCCGUACCCGGGUCGGCCGUCUGGUCCUCCAACCCCAGCCGCAUCAGCUUCUUCGGCCCUCACCACGAGCUAGUCGUCUUCCGCGACGAUAUGUCAUCCCGUCUACGACGCACGUCGGUCAAUCUCAAGCGUACCGAUAGCAAGACUGUCGACCACCAAGAAGGAGAGAGGCAAGAGGCACAACCGCAGACGCAGACGCAGACGCAGGACGACACAGCCAUGGUGGACCUCGACGCAGAUUCCGACCCGGCUUUGCAACCCUCCCCAUCCCCCUCCACCCCUCACGACGUCCGCGCCGCCCAGAAGCUGGUCAAGUCCGUCCUCGACCAGGGCUACCUCGCCCCCUUCCGCCAGGCCGUCCGCCCCGUCCACUGGGACCACUCUUCCGCCAUGCACCUGUACCCUGUCCCCACGGCCAUGGCCCUCGUCGACACCACCGCCCCUCCAUUCUGCAUCACAUACGAGGGGUGCCACGUCAUGAACCCGGGUGGUAUCCUCGUGCCGGGCAAAAGGGGCGUCGGCAGAUGGCUAGAGUAUGAGGUUGGAGGGCUGGGUGAGCUCAAGGAAUGCACAUUUUGA